AUGACUUCAUAUAAAAUAGAGAGAGUAGCGGCCACGGCGACGACGUCGGUGGAUUCUCCAAAGCCUGACCCAGACACUGACACUGAGCUCGAUACCAAUCCAAACCUUAACCCUAACCCUAAUUAUUCAAACUCGUUAGUCCCCGCCUCCUCCAAUGGCACUAAUGUCUGCCUUCUCAAGUUUGCCGGAGACUCUGCUGGCAGCGCAUUCAUGGGCUCCAUUUUUCGCUACUGGUGCUGA